ACCAAACAGUUUCAUGUCAGUAUAAUGAAAUCUUAGAUAAAAUCGAUGACAUGGAGCGAAAUCAACAUUUAGGUUGGAUAUAUGAAUAUAGAAAAAAGAUCUUUCUAGAAAUAAGUGUAUACCAACCACUCCAAGGCAGUUCCUAUUUUGUAUUACCAAAAAUAUGGGCCAAGCCUCAAUUAGAGAUAAUUAACCCUCAAAAUACAGACGAAAGAUGUUUUGAAGCAUGUAUGAAAGCUUAUUUAGCAAGUGAAGAGGCCUGUAGACAG